CUUCUCCUGAAGUUAAUUUUAACCCCCACAAAACAUAUCGUGGGAAGGAGCAGCGGAUCCAUUUUUCUUCGUCGACUAGCAAGCGUUCGCUACUCCGUCAGACGCCGUCGGCCGUUGUCAGCCCUGCGUGGUUGUUCUCGGGCAAGUAGUGAAGAAGGUUCGAACCUAGGGCUUUGUCUACUCAUAAAAUCCGAUAGAAAAGCUUGUAGGCAUCUUGAUGAAAGAUGCAUCAAUUACCAUUUCAUGUUGGUCAAUUUGCUGAGGCAAGAUCUUUUCAAGAUGGUUAUCGUGGUGCAUGGUUUCGUUGCAAGGCUUUUUCUUGGACUUGAAGAUCUCAUUUCACUUAAACAUUUCCACACUUCAAUAGCAAGACUCCUUAUCUCUCGGACCAAAACAUUAGGCAGAUUCGCGAGAAGAAAGGUCAAAUGUUUUGUCUCAUGGAAUAUGUUGACUAUCCUGACCAAAUUUCUAAAUGGUGGAAAACUACAGUUUUGUGCUCAGAUAGCUAAGCCAAGACAUUCAGAUGGCAAAGCAGUUGUUCAGACUUCCGUACGUACGUCAUUGCAAUGUAGUUCUUCACAUUCUUCUCCAAGUACUGGGCCUUUCUUAGAGGCUUUGGAGGGACCAAUCACAGUGAAUAAUGCUGCUAAAACUGAUGGAAAAGCAGUUGUUCAAACUUCCGCAAGUACAUCAUUGCAAUGUAGUUCUUCACAUUCUUCUCCGAGUCCUGAGCCUUUCUUAGACGCUUCGGAGGGACCCAUCGCAGUGAAUAAUACUACUAAAACUUGUAUGGACUUAGAAGUAGGUGACACUAGCAUUAGAAAAGCUAAUUCUUUGGAUAAGGCUCCAAGUAAUCAUGUGAAGGAUGAGUCAACUGAAAAUAUGGGAACGAAAGAAAUCAAUGAUGGGUUGUUUGAUAAGAAACCCUCAAAAAAGCUAAGAAAGGAUAAAAAUAUUUGUCUUGAUUCAAUGUUUUUACAUCGUAUAGAAGAUGCAAUACUGGAUUUGGAGGAGCUUGUAAAUAGAGUGAAAUGGAUAAAGGGUCUAUUGGAGUGUGGGGGGCCCUUGUCAUCUACCAGUCAAUCAUUUUGGGAAUUUGGGCAGCAUAUUGCUCGAUAGAAAAAAGAUUGUACUAGAUCAAAUGUACUUUUAGUGUAGUUUUCCUCUUACUAAAUGUAAAACAGUAAUAGCUUGAUUACAUUUUGUUAAUUCUUUUAUAUUAGUGAUAUCAUAUGCUUGUAACAGUGCCAGAAAAAAAGGAGAUAAUGUGUACUACUCAGUUUAGGUAGGUUGUACGCCGGUUUAGGGUAGUUCAUAUCUUUUCGGGACUCCUACUUUUGACCGGGUAUUAGAGAUAAUUAUAUGAAGUCAUAAUUGUUCGGUUUAUCCAA